AUGGCUUUUGCUGCUAGAACUUUCACCAGGGCUUUUGCUCGUGCUCCCCUUGCGAGCAGCUCCUCUUCAUCCAUCCGAACUUCCGGUCGUCAUGCAGGCCGUUUUGCCCUUCCCUCCCAAAGCUUCCGAGGUGGAUCCCGCAGGGGGUAUUCCUCUGAUCCUGGAGCAGGAAAGUCUUCUACUGGCUAUUAUCUUGGAUUGGGUGCUGUUCUAGCUGGAGGUGCUGGUGCCUUCUACUACUGGAAUAACGAUGGACUGAAAGCUGUUGCCAAACCAGCGUCUUUCACUCCAACCAAGGACGAUUACCAGAAGGUGUACGAUGAAAUUGCGAAGCUCUUGGUAGAAAAAGACGACUAUGAUGACGGAAGCUAUGGACCGGUUCUUGUCCGAUUGGCAUGGCACGCGAGCGGCACCUAUGAUAAGACAAGUGGCACUGGGGGAAGCAAUGGCGCCACUAUGCGCUUCUCUCCCGAAGGCGACCAUUCGGCGAACGCUGGCUUGAAAGCUGCUAGGGAUUUCCUCGAGCCAGUCAAGGCUAAAUUCCCUUGGAUCUCCUACUCCGAUCUUUGGACUCUUGCUGGUGCUUGCGCCAUUCAGGAAAUGCAAGGGCCGAAGAUUCCGUGGCGCCCAGGCCGCUUAGACAGGGAUAGAUAUCUUUGGACGCAUGGGUUUUGA